GAGAGAUCCAUAAAAUUAACUUCAAUAUAACUCUUUGUCUUGCUCAUCGUUUACUUUGUAAAAUCCUUGUUUUCAUUCUUUGCUGAAACUCAAAUCACAAAAAAAUGAUUUCAAUCCUUGAAAGGGUAGUACUAGAUUCACACCAUGAGAAACACAAAAACAAAAAACAAUUUUUUUAAAUAGUUUUCUUUCAAGCUUAGUACUAUUAUUUUUUAUUUUUUUUGUCAAAAAUAACAAGUAUAACAAUGCAAGAAGAAGAGAAUCAAGAAGAUUCAAUUCCAGAAUCUAAGCAACAAAAUGAAGAAAGAAAGUCAAAGGGUGUUAGGAUAUGGAAGUGUUUUUGUAUUCCAAGUGAAUGGUUUAAAAUGCUAUCAAGAGAAAUGCAUUGGAGUUUUGUUUUUGGAGUUGUUGUUGUUUAUGGAAUAAGUCAAGGUUUAGGUGGUGCUCUUGCUGGUGUUGGAACAAAAUAUUAUAUGAAAGAUGUUCAGAAAGUUCAACCUUCUGAAGCACAGGUUUAUGCUGGAAUUACAUCUAUUCCUUGGAUUGUUAAGCCUUUAUGGGGUCUUCUUACUGAUGUUCUUCCUAUUUUUGGAUACCGUAGAAAACCUUAUUUCAUUUUUGCUGGUUUAUUAGGAGCAACUGCCAUGCUUUUGUUAUCAUUCCAUGAAAACCUUCAUCUUGUGUUGGCAAUUUUGGCAUUAACAGCAGGGAGUGCUGGAGUGGCGAUAGCAGAUGUGACCAUUGAUGCAUGUGUUGCACAGAACAGUAUCUCUCAUCCUUCCCUUGCUUCUGACAUGCAAAGUUUAUGUGCCUUUAGUUCUUCUAUUGGCGCACUAUUAGGAUUCUCUAUUAGUGGCAUCUUUGUUCACCUUAUAGGCCCUAUGGGGGUGUUUGGUUUGAUGACUAUCCCAGCUGGACUUAUGAUUUUGGUCGGCUUUCUGCUUGAUGAGCCUCGUAUACAAAACUUCUCUUACAGACAGGUGAGCCAAAAUUUUGUGGAUGCCGGCAAGGCUAUGUGGACUACAUUGAAGAAUCAAGAUGUAUGGAGGCCUUGUCUAUACAUGUAUUUAUCCUUUGCACUGAGUUUGAAUAUCCUUGAAGGAAUGUUUUAUUGGUAUACAGACUCAAAGGAUGGCCCAUCUUUCUCACAGGAGAGUAUAGGUUUCAUAUUUUCAAUCAGUUCAAUUGGUUCCCUUUUAGGCGCAAUACUAUACCAAUACGCUCUAAAGGAUUACGCAUUCAGAGACUUACUCUUUUGGACUCAGUUGCUCUAUGGUCUAUCAGGGAUGUUUGAUCUAAUUUUGGUCAUGAGAUUGAACCUGAAGUUUGGUAUACCGGACUACGUCUUUGUUGUGAUUGUCGAAAGCAUUGCUCAAAUGACUAGUAGACUAAAGUGGAUGCCUAUGCUUGUACUCAGCUCAAAGCUUUGUCCAUCUGGCAUUGAAGGAACAUUCUUUGCUCUAUUAAUGUCAAUUGAUAAUGCUGGACUUCUUUCAUCAUCAUGGGGUGGUGGAUUUGUACUUCAUGUACUAAAGAUUACAAGAACAAAGUUUGAUAAUCUUUGGUUAGCGAUUUUGAUUCGGAAUAUUUUAAGACUCACUCCACUUUGCAUGCUGUUUUUGGUGCCUAGAGUUGAUCCUAACUCUUUCAUUCUUCUUCCAAAAGAAAAUGUGGAUUCAAAGGUGAUUGCUAUUGACGACGCUUCAGAAACCAAGGAUGUUGAAUUGGUGUCUCUUGUACACAGUGUUGAUGGUAAUAUAUAACAGUCCAGAGAAAGUACAUUCUUUUGUAUUCCAUAUUUCAUAUUUCAUAUACAGGGAAUUAUACCAAGCCACUAUUUAUUUCUAAAUUUUUUUGUUAGGGGAAAUAGAGAGAAGGGCAUAAAUUAGCUCCAAUGUAAUAUCAGAGGGAUAUGAAAGGGAAAUAGAUGAUUUAUUUAUAAAUUUUAAAUGUAAUAACUAGAAUAUCUUUAUAGAAAAGUUUAGCAUAAACUUUUGAA